UUCUGUUGGCCAGACUGCUUUGUUUACAUAGUUUCCGUGUCCCUCUCCGAGCUCCAAAAAAGUUGACGAAAGCGUUCGGAAUGAUCGACAACAGUUAGUUUAGACUGCGCCAAAUAGUUAUAUCGGCACCUGUCUGUUCCCAUUCGCCUACGCUUUGACUGGCUCUCUGGACCAUGGGGGACAAAAGCCAAAACCCGUCGCCAAUGUGGCAACAGUACUCGCAGUACCCACCACAAUACAAUCAGUGGUAUGGACAGCAAGGAUAUGGCUACCCACACCCGUAUUAUAACAUGCCAGCUGCUCAACAAGGUGCUGGUUACUCAUAUGGUAAUGGUCAAAUUGGCCCUCCAGGUCAAGCCCCUCCGCUCCCCAAGGAACCGGCUCCUCCUAUGCAUGGUUUUGUUCCUGCCAGCAAGGACUCUGGAAAUGAGAGUUCUAAGGAAGACAAAAGUGGAAAGAGUUGUCCAGCUUUGAGCGGCCCCCCUGGGGAGGAUGAUCUGCCACCAUUGCCACCAGGAACUCCUCCACCUCCGCCUUCAUCAAAUGGCUUGCCCCCUGGGUUCUCACCACGGCCCCAGAACAACUUCUUUCCCAAUCAAGUCCCCAACAAUCCUUAUCCUCCUGUUCGAUUUAAUAUAAAUCACAAAAAUAGGGUUCAAGGCUAUGCUUUCAAUCCCAACAAUCAGAGUCCGCAACAGCCAGGUCCAAGGCCUGGCAUGCCUUAUCCGCCCAAUGUGAUGAUGCAACUACAUAAGCAAAUCACUGGUUCCAAAACUCAGAGGAAAAGGGCUAGGAAACAACUAAUGGCAGCAGCAGCAGCAAAUACAGCUUUUAACAAGAGCAUGGAAACCUGGUCUUCUGUCCCUCCCCUCAAUGUCAACAUGCCUCCCCUGCCUCCGAAUCCUCCUCCACCGGAGAAUCCUCCACCCCCUGCGGAUCCCCCACUGCCCCCACUACCAGCCCCACCAUUGCCAGCAGAUCCACCAGCAGCUGUUAUACAGCCGCCACCGCCACCACCCACCCCUGCACCCACAGCAGCACCUCGCCCAGCUGGACCAGAAAUAUGGCCGGAAAGUUUGAAGAACUAUGUUUCAAAGUGCUAUGAUAGGUGUUUAUCUCCUGUUGACAAAGACAGAGUUGAGAUUAUUCUCAAAGGGAAAAUUAUGAGUGCCACAAAUAUGAAGACUCUGUGGACUAAAAACUGGGAAGAAGAACCCCUACCAAAUUUGUCUGCCGAUGCUCUUCCUGGACUGCAUAGAAAUAAUUUGCCAAAACCAAUGAGGCAAACCCCUGUUGGAUUGUCUCCUUCAAUGGGAGCACGCCUAGGAAAAUUCAACAAAAAUAACCAAAUCAGACGACAAUCAAGGCGUAGCUCUAGCUCCCCCAGCCCAUCACGCUCCAGGAGUAGGUCUAGGUCACGUAGGGUUAAGUCUAGAUCACGCUCUAGGUCCUCUCAUUCCAGGUCACGAUCAAGAUCAAAUUCUUCUCAUGGUUCACACCGUCGGCGGAAGAGAAGUACCAGCUCUUCUAGUAGUGGUGAUGACUUCAAGAGUCUCAAAGUUAUGAAGGGUAAAGGAAGAGGUCGGAUUGGGGACCGCAUCAAUUUCCAAGGGAAAGGCAGAGGUGGUGCUGCUUUGAAUAAGAAAGUGAAAAAUCAUCCAAAGGGAGUUCUGAAGGCUCACUUUUACUCUGAAUUUGGUGGCAACACUGAAGAGCUUGGUAAUUCAGAGACACUUCAAAAAAGAGCAGCAAGAUUCAGUGCCAUCACUAAAUCCCCAUCAAACCCCUCUGCUCUUCUGACUCCUCAAAAUAACCGACACAAACGCAUCAGUGUAACCAAAAAAUUCUCUGAGGAUCCUGAUGGGGAUUUCGAUCUUUCAGAGUGUCAUGUUGUUGGCACAUGUCAGGAAGUGGAGAAGAGAUAUCUUCGGUUGACAUCAGCUCCCGAACCUUCCCAAGUCCGACCUGUAGAAGUCUUGAAAGAAGCUUUGAUGAGAGCAAAAGAAAAAUGGUUGAAGACAGAGGACUACCAUGCAUCCUGUGAUCAAUUAAAAUCAAUUAGGCAAGACCUGACGGUAAGUGCAGGUAUAAGAGAUCAAUUUACAGUAUUAGUGUAUGAAACCCAUGCUCGCAUAGCUCUUGAAAAAGGUGAUCAUGAAGAAUUCAAUCAGUGUCAGACUCAACUGAAGAUGCUUUAUGCUGAUUUAGGUGGCGAAAAUAUUUUGGAAUUUACUGCCUAUAGGAUAUUGUAUUAUAUAUUCACUAAAAGUAAUUUAGAUCUGACGGUUGUGAUGGCAGCCCUAUCUCCUGAAGCAAAACAAAAUGAGUGCAUAGCUCAUGCUUUAGCUAUGCGUUCAGCAUGGUGGCUUGGGAAUUAUCACAAAUUCUUUCGGCUUUAUAGAACUGCUCCAAAAAUGGCUGGAUUCCUUGUGGACUGGUUUGCUGACCGUGAAAGAAGAGCAGCAAUUAAAAUAAUGAUAAAAUCCUACCGUCAACUGUUGCCCAUCAGUUUCGUGACUGCAGAAUUGGCUUUCGUGUCCGAGGAAAAGUGUAUAGAGUUCUUGACCCCCUUCGGUUUCACAUAUGACAAUGAAAAGAGCAAGAUUGACUGCAAGGCUAGUGCAGCUGUGCUUUCAAAUUUUUAAGUCCUUGACAGCUGGGGUGGUGAUGUUGCAUGGUUGAAAGUACACUCUUUUCAAUUCUCUCAUCACCCAGUCAUUACGGACUUCUGUGAAGCCUCUUUUAAGUUACAAUUCUCAGAGUACAUGUGUACAUACAGCCAUCAGCAUGGUCAGCUCUUAUACCAUAAUCAUCAGCUCUUGUUAACUGAGGGUCUCGAAGAAAUAAGAAGAAAUGUGGAACGAAGAAUUGGAAGAAGAUCGUCAGAGAAGCAGCUGGAUGGGCCAACUAAGAAGACAAUACAAAUCAACGAAGCACACUUUGUUUUGAAGUGGUAAGGAUUAUUAUAACCAUUUUGAAGGGGAGUCAUUCACUUAUGAAAUACCUUGACUUUAAGGCUGUAGCGUACAUACUACUCUACCUAUCGAGAAGAAUAUAUUCAAGAGUACUAUUAUCAUGAUUUUGAUAGAAGAUUUCAUCUAAAAGUUUGCAUUUGAAGAAAAAUGUCUUCCCUCUGAAGUGACGAACAAGAAAGGGGACAGCGUUUGUCCUGCAGAAGUCGAUAUAAGCUACUCACUUCAUCAGUCCCUCCUCCUUUUUUUUCAUUUCCCCCUCCUGUCCUUUAUUGUUCCUGUUCUUUCUCACCACCGCACUAUUUGUUUAGGAUUUGGUUAUGGAAGAUUCGUUUGUGUCAACUGUACUAUUUGGGGAAACUGGAAUUCAUCAGUUUCUAUCUUCCAUGAAUGGCUUUAAUUCAAUUUUGUGGAAGACACCUCUUUAGGUACUUUCCUUCUAAUAGUGAGAAGAAAAAAGAACCACUCAUCAAAAUUUCUUUACAAACCAAAUUACAAGUGAAGCAAACUUUUGGUUGGUGAAGAUAAUGAAGACUCAUUUAACGCAGCAUCAGAAAUGAAGACCAAAGAAGAGAGAAGCACUUUCUUGAAGUGACAGGAAACAUAUUAUUUUCCACAAUCACCCCUGGGUUGCCUGUCUUCCAGAGAAGUGACCAGUGGCUUCAUCUGGUGUCUGUCAUUCUUCCCAUCAUUCCUUCGCCAUCGUUGUUUGCUCACAAUCAUUUGUUCAGCGUUGCAGUUUCUGUCAGGCUGAGGUAGUUAGGUUCUGCUACUUGGUUUCCAACAGCAUGUGUUCCAGUCCUUUGCAGCUGAAUCCAAGAUGAAAAUGUCUGCAAGUUCUUUGGGAGCAGCUGCCAGCACAGUUCCAGGCUUGACCGGGUUCAUCCUUCCGGGCCAGUCUGGAAAAUGACGGUGCUGCUGGAAAACAGUCUCCUUAAAGAAGAACAUCGUGAAGAUUCCUGCUGAGGGCCUCCACUGUCUCCCCAUUGGUGGCCCUACCCAAGUCCUUCUCUGAACCUUUCAAUGUUUUCAGUGGUAUUCAUACCACCAAUCCAUAUUUGUGUUCCCCUGAACUCGAGUCUGAGUACAGAAAAAGUCGUUGUCCAUUGAUUGACUCGGCAAUUUUAAGAUUUGUCAUUUUUACAAGGACAGUAACUGUAUAAUAGCUUUACUUUUUUUUGUGCAAACCACCCUCAAAAUUGCUGUAACUUCCUUGAAGUUUUUUUUUCCUUUUUCCAUCAAUACUUUUCUUCCACAUCAGAGUGGUCACAGUUUACUAUUAGAAUUGUAUUUGUGGUAUUCAUAUCUUACCCUUUUUUCUUGGAGUGUGCCCCACUUCAUCUGUAAAAUUGUUUCCUUUUAUCAUCUUUAUUGGAGUUGUCAUAGUUUCUCUGUUUAUGUAUCUUUGUUUUGGUGAUUGGAGAUAAUUCUUGAUGAUUUGUUUGAAGCUUCCUCAGUUAAUCAAAGUGUAAGACGGCUUUUUCCAUGAAAUAAUACAUUUAUUAGUUUGUGGUAAAGGAAGCAGUCUGUUUAAUACAUGUUCAGAUUAUUAGUUUUGACCAAAUUUUGUACAAAUCAACGUUUUAUGUUUUUAAAAAUAUAUCUUUGUUUUAUUAUUUUAUUACUGUAUAACGUCUUUUGAAUAGAAUCAAAAGACCUCAAAAAAGUUACUGCAUUUGUACUCAUUGUCAUGUUAGUAGAGUGUAAUGUGUAGCUUGUUAUUGAAAGGGUUAUUUUAUCCUGCCAAAUUGUUCUGAAACAUCUGUGACAAACUAAUUGCAUUCUACUGAUGACGUUAAAUGGGUUGGAGCUUUUCUUUUUGUACCCUAAUUUCCUGUAAUUGUUUAAUGUCAGCUACUGUAAUUUUCUCUUGAUGUAAUUUUGACUUCAGACGAGUUCAUGGUGCAUGAUGUGGAUUGUUGUUAUGAAAAACAUUAUCACUCAUGUUUAAAAUUGCUAUUGGAAAGUUUAAAGAAUCUGCUUCUGACCUUUUUUUUCUAUAUCUAUUCCAUCUGCUGGACAGCUUUAAAAAUGUAUCAGAGGUUGAGGAAAGCAAUAUUAACUAACAUGCAAGGUAAGUCUCACAUGGAGAUGUAAAAUAAUGGGGAAAUAAUUUCCAUAUGAACUUUUAUAAAGUCAUUUUUUUCCUGAAUAAUUUAUACAUUUUAUUUGUCUUGCCAAAAUUGUAUAUUUUAUACAUAUGAUUUGGUGGAAUUCAAACUGUGAUGCAUGUAAAGGUCUUAGGAUUAAGUAGACAGAAAUAAGAUUAAAAAAAUUUAAGAAAUUA